AAGGUGUAUCUGUUCGACCGUGUGAUCAAGCCCAACUCUACACAGGAGAAAGUUUACGAUAUCGUCGCCAAAGACAUCGUUAAAGAUGUGCUCAACGGUUACAAUGGCACCAUCUUCGCUUACGGACAGACUUCCUCAGGCAAGACCCACACCAUGGAAGGAAAACUGGGCGACCCUACCUGGCAGGGUAUCAUCCCGAGGAUCGUACAUGACAUCUUCAACCACAUCUACAAUAUGGAAGAGGCGCUCGAGUUCCACAUCAAGGUGUCGUACUUCGAGAUUUACAUGGACAAGAUCAGAGACUUACUCGAUGUAUCACAAUGUGAACUGUCAGUGCACGAGGACAAGAACCGUGUACCGUCCGUCAAGGGAGCUACCGAGCGCUUCGUCUCCUCACCUGAAGAAGUCUUUGAGGUGAUCGAACUGGGCAAGUCCAACAGACAUGUAGCUGUUACAAAUAUGAAUGAGCACAGCUCCCGCUCGCACAGUGUAUUCCUCAUCCAGGUGAAGCAGGAGAACAUUGAAAACCAGAAGAAACUCCUCGGUAAACUCUACCUCGUGGAUCUGGCUGGCUCGGAGAAGGUGAGCAAGACUGGUGCGGAAGGCGCAGUUUUGGAUGAAGCAAAAAACAUUAACAAAUCGCUCUCAGCUCUCGGUAAUGUCAUCGCUGCCUUGGCAGAUGGAAAGACCCACGUACCCUACCGUGACUCCAAGCUGACUCGCAUCCUGCAGGAGAGCUUGGGCGGCAACGCUCGCACCACCAUUGUUAUCUGCGCGUCUCCUGCGUCAUUCAACGAGGCUGAAACCAGAUCCACCUUAGAUUUUGGCAAGAGAGCUAAGACGAUCAAGAACUGUGUAUGUGUCAACGAAGAAUUAACAGCCGAGGAAUGGAAACGACGUUACAACAAGGAAAAGGAGAAGAGCACCAAACUCAAAGCUCAAGUAGAGCGCAUGGAAGCUGAGCUUGCUCGCUGGCGCAGCGGCGAGAAGGUCUCCUCUGAAGAACAGAUUUCUGUUGACAUGGAGAAGUCAAUGGUUUCUUCCGUGGUAGAAGAGCCAAAGAAAUCAACAGCUCCACCUAUGAGCAACGAGGUGCGUGAUGCGUGGGAGAAGGAGCGUGAGCAGCUCUACCUCAGUCUCGAUGAGAAAGACGAGGAAAUAAACCAGCACAGCCAGCUGGCAGAGAAGCUCAAGGAACAGAUGCUCGAGCAGGAAGAACUUAUUGCUGCUACCCGACGUGAUUAUGAAGUUCUACAAACGGAGAUGUCUAGGAUUCAAGCUGAGAAUGACUCCGCCAAGGAUGAAGUGAAGGAAGUAUUACAGGCUUUGGAGGAGUUAGCUCUUAAUUACGACCAGAAGAGCCAGGAGGUGGAAAGCAAGUGCAAAGAGAACGAGACACUUAAUGAAGAACUGACAGAAAAACAGACUGCUUUAACAACGAUGCAAGGAGAGCUGCAGCAGAUGAAGGACUCCUCUGUACACCAGCGGAGACGGAUGAACGAGAUGUUGUUUUCUCUUCUAUCCGAUCUCGGUGAAGUUGGCACUGUGGUUGGUGGCACUGCAGGAGACCUGUCCAUCAAGAACUCGGGAGACCCUAAUAAACUAGAGGAAGAGUUCACAAUGGCGCGGCUGUAUGUGUCCAAGAUGAAAAGUGAAGUGCGUAAUCUUGUCCAACGUUGUAGUACUCUUGAAAACUUCCAGGGAGACUGCAACAAAAAGAUAGACGAAUAUGAACGUGAGUUAAGUGAUUGCAGACUUCUAAUUAGCCAACACGAGGCUCGAAUGAAGACGUUGCAGGAAUCAAUGCACGAGGUUGAGGUCCGCAAGAGACAGCUUGAGGAGCAAGUUGACUCUCUUAGUGAAGAAGUGGCUCAGUUGAAGGCUGCCGAGGGCUUGACCGUGUCAGAGGGACUUUCAAAGGAGGCACUUGAAAAACAAAUGGAAACUCACAGAGAACUUCACCAGAAGCAGGUGACACAACUCAGACUGGAGAUAAGUGCCAAGCAAGCACUGGUGGAAGACCUCAAAGACCAAAAUCAGAAGUUGAGUGUGGAACACGAGCAACUGAAGGCGGAACACCACAAACUGAAGAUCGAGGAAGCGGAGAAGAGUACACGCCUUCACGAGCUCAUUUUUGCUGGAUUUCGGUGGGCUCAACACCUCAAUGAGGUCUCUCUUCUUCUUCACGAAACUAUUAGCUUGCGUCACUGGACUCCCAGAGGCUCGACAAGCCUCCUGAAUGACCGCCGAGAACAGGCACACCAUGAUCUUAAAGGCCUCGAGGACACUGUGGCCAAGGAGCUCCAGACGCUGCACAACUUGAGGAAACUCUUCGUUCAAGAUUUGCAGGCCAGAGUCAGGAGGUCUGCCGCAGGAGAAGACGAGGAUAUCCUUGGUGGGUCUGUAGCACAGAAGCAAAAGAUCAGUUUCCUGGAAAAUAAUUUAGACCAACUGACAAAGGUGCACAAGCAACUGGUCCGAGACAAUGCUGACCUAAGGUGUGAGCUUCCUAAGCUAGAGAAGCGACUGAGAGCCACCAUGGAGAGGGUUAAGAUAGAGGACGAGGGUGCCGAGCUAUUGUGGCAGUUCAGGCUGGAGGAAGAUAACGCCCACCUCCGCUGUGCGGUGCCUAAGCUAGAGCAGCGGCUCAAGGCUACCAUGGGCAGGGUUAAGGCACUCGAAACCGCUCUGAAGGAGGCUAAAGAAGGAGCCAUGAGGGACAGGAAGCGCUACCAGUAUGAAGUUGACCGUAUCAAGGAAGCUGUGCGACAGAAGAAUCUUGCCAGGAGGGGUCAGGGCGCUCAUAUUGCAAAGCCCAUCCGCACUGGUCCUGCCAGUCUGCUGUCUCGUCCAGGUGCUCAACCUCACCACUAGCCUCUCAGAUGUCUGCUUCCUGCAAGCCUCCAGCAUCAGGGUUUCAUCUGUUAUUUUCAUCCAUAGUCUUUAUCUCCAUAGCUGUCAAGUGUAUAAAAUACAUUCCCUUCCCCAAGAAUGUAAACCAUUAUUUUAUGGUAUCUUACGAUUGCACUGAUGCUCCUCAUUGCAUGUCAAAAUUUGGAACCACUUUUUAAAUUAGAUUGUAAACAUACUUUUGUUUCUUACCUAUAUUUAUAUUGGAUGAUAUUUUUUAAUUGUGCAUUUUUUUUAAUCCUGUGAUCACAUGCAUAUUAAUGAAACU